AUGCUGUUGACACCUGCUGAUUUUAGUAAAUGGGAAGAGGACCCUGAAGGGUGGGCGAUCUCUUUAGAUUCAGAAAAUUGGGAGUUUGAAUUAAGGCCUUGUGCUGAAAUGACUUUUAUGAACUUGUUAUCUCAGUACCGUGAUCAACUUGUACCCAUCAUGUUAAAUUUGGUUGAACGUGUAGCGAAUGUCACGGAUCACCAAAGUUUAUUAUUUAAAGACGCUGUCUAUGAUGCCAUUGGGCUGGGUGUCAAUUCGCUUUAUGGUAGAUUGGAUUUCGAACCUUUUGUCAUGAAUCGACUUGUGGUUGAAUUACAAAACAAGGAUCCCAAUUUCAAAAUCCUUCGACGUCGUAUUGCAUGGAUGCUUGGUAAAUGGGUGACAGAAGGGAUCAGUGCGGAUUGUCGUCAAGUUAUUUACGAAAUCCUGUUGGAAUUGAUGUCAGAAGAGGAAGAUUUGGUUGUGCGUUUAACGGCUGCGCAUGGAUUGAAACAAGCAGUAGAUGAUUGGGAUUUUGAUAUUGAUAUUGUGCUACCUUAUUUGGGUCGCGCCAUGUCCUUACUCUUGAAUUUGUUGAAUGAGGUGGAGGAAUCGGAUACUACGAUGAAAUUAAUUUCUUAUCUCACUGCUAUCAUGGAUCGAACCAGCAUCAAUAUGAUUCCUUAUGCCGCCCAGAUCAUUCAACUAUUGACACCUUUAUGGGGACCAAACACAGAGCCAUUACUUCAAUCCUCUCUUGUCGUCACAUUCACCAAGAUCACCAGCGAGGCACAUAUUUAUUUACUGGAGGAUUCCUUGGACUUGUGGUGGAGUCUUUUACAAAGUACACCUAGUUCUAGUGCAGAACUGAUGUCACUUUUACCCGUUGCCUUGGAAUUAUUAGAUUACGAUACAGAGAAUUUACGUAAAGUGCUGAAAAUUAUUGAUAGCUAUAUCUUGUUGGAUCCUCAAUCCACUUUACAAUCCCCCCAUACUGCUGUCUUAUUUUCUAAAUUGGCUUCCAAGAUUGGUAACUGUCGAGAACAAGCAGCUUCUUAUAUUACACAUACUGUGGAUUUAGCGUUACAGGGAGUACCUUUGCAAGUGUAUGGGGAGACGCUUGUGCAAUCAGGACUAUUAUCUAAUGUUUUAAGUGUUUUGCUUCAAGAUCAGAUGUACGGAUAUGCUAUCAUGAAUUAUAUGAACUUGUUUGCUCGCUUAUCUAUUUAUGAUGCAAACUUUGCUAUUCAUGUGAUUCAGCUGACUGGUCAGCAACAGCAGAUUCCUGGCGACUUUUUUGGUGAUAUCAUGGAUAAAUGGCUGGAUAAAUUUGACAAUGUGAGCCAAGCAAGAGCUAGAAAAUUGGCAUGCAUUGGGUAUACAAAUUUAAUUUUGACUGGCAAUACCACAGUUUUAAAUAGAUUGCCUAAUUUGAUGGCGAUCUGGAGUGAUGUAGGACCUGAAAUGAAGGACAGUGAUGGAUCAGAGUAA